AAAUAAGAGACAAAAUGCUAAACCGGAAAGAGCUCUUCCAUCGUGACCUUUCAGAUGAGAAUUUGAACCAACCAAAUCACCCAACUCGCAAUGAGAACCAGAUUAGUAGCGGAGAGAAUAGGUUUUCUAGCUCAGGAAAUAGCAACCAAAGUAACCUUGAUAGCGAGAGAAAUGAGCAUAGUAAUAGCGGAACACAGAAUGGUCAAAGAACUGAAAUAGCAAUAGGACUGCCUGUUAGGCAAGCAGACUAUCUUGGUUCCAGAAUACCUAACCGCAGCAGGCUCCCAGGAGACCGAAUUCAGACAAGUCAUGGUAACAGAAGGCAAUCAAUCCAAAAUAAAACUGUUAAAUAAAAUUCAAGGGAAAGGGUUUACUAUUAUGAAAGAGAUAGAUAAAGACAAAGACUCAAAUUAUAUCAAAGCAAAAGCAAUAGCUGAUUAUUCCCAACACGAGGAUAUUAAUAAGAUUGGGCUUCAAAAACUCCCUGCUAAGAAAGAUGAAGGUGUGCUUCCAGGAUCCUCUUGUUGUAAACGCAGGGCUGAUAUAUCUAAGAAAAGAGUAAUUCAGCCCGUCAAUGCAAACUUCAGCCAUCCUGAGCAAGAAAGUGAACCUAAAAAUCCUCAAAUUUCAAACAAAUGUGUUAUAAACAGAAAUCAAAGAGCCAAGCUUCUCCAACAGCAAAAGGAGAGAUUCAUAAAUAAGUAUAAAGAAAAUGGGAAUAUUUUUCAAGAGCGAAACUUCAGUUAUGAAAAUAUGGACCCUUUCUGCAAUGAUAUAAUGGCACCAAAGGAUGACCCGCUUCAUCUUGACUCUUUGACUAAUUCAAAACAGGUGAACCUCAAUAAGCCAACGCUCAUGGAAGAAAACUCUAAUAAGCACAUCCCUGCUGUAGAAAUUUGGAACGAGAAGCGAAAAGGCUUCGGAACUGUUAAACCAUCUAAGAGAAAAGCCCUCAAGCUCAAGGAGAAAACAGAUACGAUUAUCCAGAAACAUAAAAAGACUGACCUCAUGGAAACUAUCACAGGAGAUUUACAUAAUAAGAACCCACCGUCAAUAUUCAGAUCUCCAAUAGUCAAGAAGGAUGAGUUCUUCUUCAAUAAUUUUCAUCAGAAUGAGCAUUACGAAGAAGAAAUAGACCCUAGCCAGCACUUACCUGAUAUUAUUGACAGCGAUAAACAAGAGGAGGCAAAAGCCCAAUUCGUUGAUACAGUUCCAUAUAAAUUGCCAGAUUUGGGCAAUAAAUAUAGAAAAAUGCUCAAAGAGAGUAGUAGUGAUGAGUUUGAUUACAAGCCCAUCAUCCAGAAGGAUUUCCAGGAAAAUAAUACUGAGUUCAACCAGAAGUUGAAUGCUGUGAAAGAGCCAGAAAUAAGCAAGAACAAGAUUUGGAAUGGGAAGGAGAUAAGCCAAUCAAAUGCAAAUAGAAGCAGGAGCUAUCUAAACCGCUCAAAGAAGUUCAAUACCUCUAAUACUAAUAAACCAGGGCUCUCUAGCACAAUGAAAAAGAACAUCCGUCCCUUUAAGGAGGAUCUGAGUGCAUCUCCUUUUAGGCUGGGUAAUAUAAACAGAAGCAACCCUAAAAGAAAGAAGAAGAAGAUUAUCAGCAAGCAUAACAUUAUAUUAUCGAGCAAUUUUGAGUUCACAAAGUCUAUUUGCAGUCCAGAGAGGUUGAGCCACAUCAAGCCUUAGGAUUAAUAAGUAUCAUUCUAAAAAGAGGUGAGAAAGCGUGUGCUAAGCUAGUCGACUUCUA